GCGGGCCAUCUCCUCUUCCCGGGCCUCCACGAGCAAGCCACGAGCCACUCGUCGCCCAAUGUGGUCAACGGGCAGAUGCGCCUCGGCUUCUCCGGAGACAUGUACGGGCGGCCGGAGCAGUACGGCCAGGUGACCAGUCCGCGCUCCGAGCAUUAUGCGUCCCCCCAGCUGCACGGCUACGGCCACAUGAAUAUGAACAUGGCAGCCCAUCACGGAGCGGGGGCCUUCUUUCGUUAUAUGCGGCAGCCCAUCAAGCAGGAGCUCAUCUGCAAGUGGAUCGAGCCCGAGCAGUUGGCUAACCCCAAAAAGUCCUGCAACAAAACUUUCAGCACCAUGCACGAGCUGGUGACUCACGUCACCGUGGAGCACGUUGGCGGGCCCGAGCAGUCCAACCACAUCUGUGAAAAACCCUUUAAGUGUGAAUUCGAGGGCUGUGACAGGCGCUUCGCCAACAGUAGUGAUCGCAAAAAGCAUAUGCAUGUCCACACGUCAGAUAAACCUUACCUCUGCAAAAUGUGCGAUAAGUCCUACACGCAUCCCAGCUCCCUACGAAAACACAUGAAGGUCCACGAAUCCUCCUCCCAGGGCUCCCAGCCUUCCCCCGCUGCCAGCUCGGGCUAUGAAUCUUCAACUCCCCCAACCAUCGUUUCUCCAUCCACAGAAAACCAGACCACGAGUUCCUUAUCCCCUUCGUCUUCAGCGGUCCAUCACACGUCCAGCCACAGUACGCUCACGUCAAAUUUUAAUGAAUGGUACGUUUAA